AUGGAAAAUAAUUUAAAUGAAAAUUUAGGAACCAUCAAGGACUUUAGCUUAUUUAAAAAACUAAAAGAAUCUAUUAUAAAAGGCAGUGUUAAUGAACUGUACAAAAUUUUGUUAGGUUCUAUGUUAGAAAAUAUAAAUGAUUCUGAUGGAAAUAGAAAUCAUAUAAUUUGUAAUUAUAACUAUGCAGAAGCUGUUUAUUUUUUUUACGUUAAUCUAAUUAUCGAAAAACAGGAAUUUGCAUCUGUCUUUUGUAAAGAUAAAACUGAAACGAAUAGACUGGAAUACAUAGUAGAACAUUUAAAAGGAACUAAACUGAAGCAUGAAAAAAAUUUGGAAAAUUUAAAAAAUAUCAUUACUAAAAAUAUAGAUAGUUGUCAAAAAUGUUUAAUGAUUUACUACCUUUUACAAAAGAAAUUUAUAGAAAACAUUUCUUUGAUUAUAAAAAAUGAAGAAACAUUAAUAAAUUUCAUAAAAAGGGAAAUUUUUAAAUUUAAUUUUAAUCGAAUAAUUAACAAAAUAACAUGUCCUAAAGGUUAUGAUAAUGUUGAUUAUGUUGUAUUAGAGCUCAUGCUAAACGGAGCAAAAGUGUUUCAAGUAGACUUUAAUUACCAGUUAGAUACAAGUAAAUUAAAUAAAGUGAAUCUUCAGUUAUUUACUGAGAAGUUUUUAAAUUUGGAUAGCGAAAAUAUAUAUAAUAUUAUACAGAAGUACGCAGCUUAUGAAUCUUUAAAUUUCUUUUGCAAUCUAAUACAUAGUGAGUUUAAAAAAAGCAAAAAAUUAUUAAUAAAAGUUAAUCAAAAAAUAUGUAAGCUGGAUUAUUGUAUAAAUAAUGAAAAUUUAAAGGUAUUUAAUAAAUCUGAACUGGAAGAAAAUGUAUCUGAACAAAAUUGUGAUAGUUAUAAAAAUGAAAGUUUAAAUAUUGAUAAAAGUAAUAAUAAUAGUUUUAGCAAGGAUCCUAUUCCUUAUAUUUAUGCGCACAUAUUUCUUCUUUUAAAUCAUAGUGAAGUGGAAAAUAGCUUACAAAAGGUUCUAAAAGAAAAAAUCAUACUCUACUCCUUAAUGUUAAACUCCUUAAGGUAUUCAGAUAAUUUUAUUCAGCUAAUAAUAUUUAAAAUUAUUAAUUCUAAAUUUAUCAAUGAUGAUGAUUUUUUAAAUGAUUCAAAUAAAAAAUUAAUAGUUUCUAUAUUUUCCUACUGGGUUAAGCUAUCAGAUGCGUGUAUUAUUAAAAUGAUUAACACGAGUUUGCCUUCAGGAAAUAUUUCUACUGAUAAAUUGAAAACAGACAGUUCUUUUCUAAAAAAAAAUUUUGCAGACUAUGAUAUUUUUAAAUAUAUGCAGUGCUUAAUUUGUGGAAUAUACUUAUUAUCGCUAAUUAAAAAAAAAAAAAAAAAGGAGUCAUCAAAUUUGUUAGGACAGUCCAGUGUACCAAUGAAUGAACAGAGCGCAGUUUUUCUUCCAAAAGAAUAUAAUAUAGAACAUCUGUCCUUAACCAAUUUUUUUAUUGACAAUGAUGGCUUUAUACAUUUUAUAGGGUUUGUAUUUUCAGAAAAUAAAGAAGUAAUUAAUAAUUUAUUUAAUUUAAUUUUUAAACUUUUGUAUUUUGUGAAAAAUUUAAAAUUUUACAUUAUUAAGAAUGUAAAUUUUAAAAAUAAAUAUUUUGAAGAAGCAUCCACGUUUUCAUGCAUAAAUAUUAUAUAUAACAUUCUUGACGUAACGAAAAGGUUACUUGUAAAUUCUUUUGAAAUUGAUGAAUAUACAAAAAAUUUAUAUAAAAAAUAUUUAAAAGAAAAAGAAAUGACUUUUGAACAUAUAACCAUGUACACACUGUCCUUAUUUAUUAAUCACAAGGAUUAUUAUAUUUGUUUUUAUGCAAUUAAGGUUUUAAUAAUUCUCAUGACUGAUUCUCAAAUUCGUGAUUCUUUGGAAAAAGCAUUUAUUUUUGAAAUUUUUGAUUCAUUAAUGAGCAUAGAUUUGUAUAGUGAAAAGUUGAAAAGGAGUGAAGAAAUAAAGAACAUAAAUAACUUGCUAUUUCUUUUAAUUAAGGCAGAUAUAAAGGAUAAUAAAAAUACAAACAAGUCAACAAAUAUAAUAUUUAGUGAUAAGCAAAAAGAAUUUGUAAAAUAUAUUGAGCGUAUUUGUGACAAUGAUUUUAAUUUAAUGGAUUUAAAAACCAUGUUUGAGUUUUUUUUUGUCAUACUUGUUAAAAUAAUUAAUAUUGUUAUAAAAAGAGUACAGUCGGUUUUAUCGAUAGAAAAAUAUAAAAUUUUAUUUAUGAAUGUUUAUGAAGUUGUUGAAAUUUUUAUGAAAGAAUUAAAAAAAGAUAAAAAUAAAAAAUGUAGAAUAUUUUUUUGUUCAUCAGUUAUUUAUUUAUGCCACCUAAUUUCAUAUGGUAUGUAUAAAGGAAAGACACGUUCAUCUGUUCCUUUUUUUAAUGUUGUUUUUAAUUUAAUAAAAAAUGUUGAAAAUUAUUUAUCAUUAAUGUAUGACGAUUUAUGUACUCUUAAGGAUACAUACGAGGAAACACCUGAGGAACCAGUAUAUUACAGUAGUGACAGUGACACGAAAAGUGUAAAAGAUAUGCAUAUUUUAUAUUUUUAUACUACUAUAUAUAAUGAGGAAAUGCAGGAUGAUAAGAAGGUUACCACGUCUGCAACAGGUGGUACUAUAACAAACGGUAAAAACAGUAGAAUUAAUAAUUACCACAGUGACAGUAAUACUAAUUAUUAUUAUAGGAGUGACGAGGUCCCUAAUUCGGAUACUUUAAACCAAUAUAGAAAGUUUAUGAAAAGGAAUCUAGUGAAAAAUAAAGAAAACGAAAAAGUUGUUUAUAAUUACAUAUAUUCAUUUUUUUUUCUGUGUGUAAGCAAUAUGAAUAAGAAAACGAAGUUGCAUAUUGUAAAAUCUUUUGACUUAAUUGUUAAAUAUAUGAUUAAGGAUGAAUAUAAAAUAAAUAGGGUUAAGAAGAAAAGUGGUAUUUUUUCCUUACCUGUUGUUAUUAUUAAGGAUAUAGAUAAUGAAGAAAAAAGGUAUAACUUAAUUAUUGAUAAAUAUGAUUAUAUAUUAAAAAGUUUUGUAGUUGAUUUUUUUAAAUCGAAUAGAUAUUUAUGCUGUUUUUUAUUAUCGGUAUUUUGUUUUAGUAACACAAUGAUUUUAUUUUUAAAAAAAAAGAGUUUCUUAAAUGAUGACUAUAGUGAGAAGUUAUAUGUAUUAGACUGCUUUAUGUUAAUAAAUUCGAAAACCUGGUUUUACUUGAAUGUUGUAAUGGAAUGUUUGCGUAAAUAUAUAAAUAAAAAUAAAGUUGAUAGUUUCUUGUUACGAAUUAUUAAUUUAUUAAUUGAAAAUAUAUGGAAGAUCAUCAUAUAUAUAUUUUAUAGCGUUAAAAUAAAUACUUUUUCAAUAAAAUCAAAAACAUCUAGUAUAUAUAUUUUUAUGAGAGAUUCACUUUUAUUAUUUUUAAAUUUUUAUUCCACAUGGAUUUCAUGUAUGACAGACUUUUCAUCAAAUGUAAACUUGUUUUCUGCUGAUCUUAUGUUACCAGAGUUAUUCUACAAGAAGUUACCUUAUUUAUGCUCUCAAAUAUUAAUCUUCUUUAAUUUUAUUGAAUCUAAUUUGUAUUCUCUGAGUAAUAAUGAAACUAAUAUAUCACUGUUAAUAAAGCAGAAAGAAAUUAUGAAUACCAUUUUAGAUUCAAUGAUACAUUUAAUAAAAGUUAAAGGUUCCAAGUAUUACGAAAAUGAACUAAAUAACCUUAUUCAAUUUAAAUUAAAAUUAAAGAGGAUAGAAAUCCCGAAAUGUAUAGAUGUAUUAUCACAUUCGUGGGACUAUGAAACGAUUUUUAGCAAAGCAAAAGAUGAUCUAAUGAAUGAUGGAGGACAAAAAAAUCAUAUGUUCAGGGAGAAAUUAGAAGAAGCAAAAGGGAGCAAUGCUGUCCAAAAGGAUAAGUCAAGUAUAUAUUUUUAUAAAAAUGAAAGAAUGGAAAUUAAGGGGGCCAGUUAUAUACCUUUUAUUACAAACGUGAAUGAUAAAACAGCAAAGCAUUUAUCGGAAAAGAGGUAUGAAAAUACUGGGAACAUCAUUAUAGAUGAUGAUAUAAGGGAUUUUUAUAAGAGAUCAGCAAGAUCUGUCUCCAAGUCCCGUUCUCCUUCGAGAAAUUUUUAUUCAAAAGAUAAAAAAUGCAAAGAAAGUGAAGAAAAUGAAAACGAGAUGAGAUGUAAUAAUGUAACUGAUGAAUUAAAAAAAGAAGCCGCUUUAGAGAAGGCUAAAAAAAUUUUAGAAAAAAAUGCUGCAUUGAAAACGCAAAAGAGAGCAAUAAUAUUGAAUGAAAAUAACUCAGAAAUGAACAAACACCAAUAUUUUAAAGAAAUGAAAGAGAAAAGAAUUGAAGUUGAAAAUAAUGUUAAUAAAUAUUUCAUAAUGCUACAAGAGUUUCUGGAGUGGGAUUUUUUUGAUUUGGAGAAUAUGGAAAAAUACCGAAAUUGCAUAAGGAAAGAAAUUCCUAUACGUUUUAAUAGCGAAGAAGAAUAUCAUAGGUUUUUUAGACCAAUGGUUUUAGAAGAGUGUAGAUGCUGCAUUAUGAAUAAAAUGUUUGGUGAUACGUAUAAAUUUGUUAUAAAUAUUAUAGGGAAAAAAAAAACACCAAAUUGGGUGAUAUGGAAUAUAGCUGCAUCUAAUGAAAGUAAUACUAACCUUGAUAAUUUAAAACCAAUGGAUUUGAUAGUUUUAAUUCCAUUUGAAAUAGAAGAAAAAAAUGAUUUAAUAAAUAAUAACAAAGGAACUGUUAAAUAUGAGCAUUUAAAAGAAAUUUUGAAAACAUAUAAUCAUCUUAUUGGAUUAGUAGAUGUUUCAUCGAAUAAAACGGAAAAUAUUUAUGAUAUUAAAUUAAUUAACGAAGAUAAUUUCCCGUCAAAAUUAGGUAAGGAAAAAAAUAGAUUAAAUGUAAAUUGCCUUUCUUGUAAUAAAUUUCAUGUCUAUUUUUUGUGUAACUUAAUGACAAAUAUAAGGGAAUUUCAGAGCGUAUAUAUAAGUAAAAACUCUUCUUUAUUUAAUAUAAUUCUGAAUCCUACUGAGUCUAAUAAUUUGAAGGAAACCAAAAAAAAGGGAUACUACAAUAAAGCUGGUUUUCAUGGGGAAAAUAAGGUAAUUGAUGAAAAGAAAGUAACCUUAUCAGGUUUGGAAAAGUACAUAUUAAAUACUAUGAAAAGCUACAAUUUACUAAAUGAAUCCCAAAUUGAAGCUGUUAAAUUAGUAUUUUUAAACAAAAAUAAUAUAUCCUUAAUACAAGGACCACCAGGUACUGGUAAAACAAAAACCGUUAUUGGAAUAGUGUCUGCCUUGUAUUCCUUAAUUAAUAUGAAUAAUGAAGAUAAAAAUGAAAAACUAAAAAAAAAAAAAGAUGUUUCUCACAACGAACAAAGUUUAUCUUGUAAUAAAAAAAUUUUAGUUUGUUCCCCAUCGAAUUCUGCAAUAGAUGAAAUUGCUAAAAGAAUUCUGAAUGAAGGUCUAAUAAACUUUAUGAGUAUAAAAGAACAACAAAAUUGUACUAAACACAGUAGCAGUAGAGACAACAGCAAUUUUUUAUGCAAUAACAAUUCAAGUAAUAUGAAUAAUAAAAGAUAUAAGAAUAAAAUGAAUGAGAAAAAUGAGAAAUAUGAAAACAAUAAAAAGAAUGAAUCAAAAGAUAUUGCUGUAGAGUACAAUACUAGGAACUUUAAUAUACAGACAAUUACUCCUAAAUGCAUUCGAAUAGGAAUAUCGAAAAAAACCCAUGAAGAAAUACAACCUAUUUCAUUAGAUUACAUAUUUAAUAAACGAAAAAAUAUGGAACAAAACUUAUAUGAAGUUCAUUUUAAUAAUAGGAAAAAUAAGUUAAAUUUUUCUAUCAAAGCCAUAGAUCAUACUCAACGGAAAAUGCAUGAAGUAAGAGACAAAUUAAAUUAUAAUAAUUCUAAAAAAUAUUGUGAUGAUUAUCAUGAAACAAAAUCGAAAACAUCAUGUGAGAAGGCUGAAAACAUAAAUGAUUUCUUUUUUGAAGAAAUUGUAAAUAAUGUUGAUAAAAAAUAUUUGGAAAAAUUAUUGUAUUUAUUUAAUGAAUCAUAUUCUCAUUAUUAUUGGAGUUUGGAAAAAUUAAAUUCUGAAAAGAAGAAUUUGGAAAAACAAAAAAUAAAAUUGUUAGAAACAGAUAAAGAAGUUGGUUCUUUUUAUUCCAACAGUAAUAAGGAUAAUAUGAUAUCAGAAAGUGAAGUAAUAUUUAGUACUCUAUCAGGAAGUGCAUCGCCAGUAAUUGAAAAUUUAGAAUUUGAAUAUUUAGUAAUAGAUGAAGCAUGUCAAUGUGUGGAAUUGAGUUGUUUAAUACCUUUUAGGCUAAAAAUAAAAAGUAUUAUUAUGGUAGGUGAUCCGAAGCAAUUACCUGCUACCACAUUUUCUGAAGAUUGUAGAAAAUAUGGGUACAGUAGAUCGUUAUUUGAAAGGUUAUUAAUGUGUAAUAUGUCUAGUGUUUUACUUAAUGUUCAGUAUCGUAUGAGACCAGAAAUUUGUUAUUUCCCGAAUAAGUACUUUUAUAAUGGUUUAAUUAAAAAUGAUGAAAAUUUAAUGAACAGACCAUUAUUUUAUUUUCAUUAUUUAAAUUUAUUUGGAUGUUAUAAGUUUAUUAAUAUUGAUGGAAUAGAAUCAAGUACAAGUAAUAAGUCUUAUAUUAAUUAUGUGGAAGCUUAUUUUAUAUUCCGGUUAAUAUUAUAUAUUCAGAAUUUUAUGACGAAUAAAAAUAAUGAUAAUCCAGUACCAAGUUUGUAUAAAUUGUCUUCUAAUUUUAAUUUAAAGGAUAUAGGUAUUAUUUGUCCCUACCUAUCUCAAGUACACCUAAUUAGAAAAAUGUUUGAAGGUUAUUUUGCAGACAAUAAUUAUCCCGAAAUAUCAACAGUUGAUGCAUUUCAAGGAAGAGAGAAAAAUAUUAUAAUUUUUUCAUGUGUACGAUCGAAUCUUCAAGCAGUGGAAAUUUGUAAUAAUAGUAAUGAAAUAAAUUUAAAAAGAAGAAAUAAUUUAGCUCUUCAAAAUUGGGAGCAGAACGAUUGGGAUGAUCGAGAACUGGAUGGAUUACAUACCAGAAAAUGGCUGAAGUUAAAAAACAAGAAUUUUUCUAAUACUAAAGAUUUUAAAGCGAUACAGAAAUUUGGAAAUAACAUAGGUUUUUUAAAGGAUGAAAGAAGAUUGAAUGUAGCUCUUACAAGAGCUAAGGAUUCUUUAUGGAUAAUUGGAAAUAAGAGCAAUUUAGAAAAAAAUAUUACCUGGGAUUCUUUAAUAAAAAAUGCAAUUGCAAGAAACUGUUAUACAAAUUUAAAUUUAAAUUUUAAUAGAAGUACUACGGAAGAUAACAUAAAAGAAAUAAUUGAUGAUUUUUUUUCCCAUAUGAAUAAUGAUAUAAGAGAAAAUGCAAAUUGUAACAGUAUUGAGAGUGAUAUAAAUUACGGAAUAUGUAGUGUUUCCAAUUCAGAACAUAGUACAAAGGAAUCAAGAAAAAAUAAUAAAACGUUAUUUAAAGAAAGAAAAAAAUUUAUUGGAAUAAAAACAGCUAAUAUAGAUUUAAAUAAUGAUAAGAAAAAUAUUAAUUGGAAUUGCCCAUCUGAAAAAGAAUUUAGUUUCAGCAAAGUUUAUACUGAUAAUAAUAAUUGGGAGUACCAUAAAACUAGGGAAAAUGGAGCUAUGGAAAACAAAAAUUAUAAAAAAAAAGACAAAAAGAGAGCAAACGAGGUUAUUAAAGGAAUAGAACUAAGUAAAAAAUCUUUAAAGAAGAGGAAGUUCGAAUAA